AAAGAUUGGGUGUUUUUGAUUCGAUACCGAACGACCGAAGACCAUGGCUCCCAGUGGAGAAGUGCACCUUGACCUCGCGCUUUCGGCGCUGACAAGCAUGGGCGGUGUUAUGGGCUAUGUACGGAAAAAGUCUUUGCCUUCGCUGAUCGGCGGUCUUACUUUCAGCGUGGCAUACGGUACAGCCGCAUACAUUAUACAGUCGAAAGACGCCUUCUUGGGCCACAGCGUCGGCUGCGCCACUUCAGCUUUGAUGACAACCAUAAUGGGUAUGCGACUUGCUAAGACCAAAAAGGUCAUGCCGGCUGGAAUUCUGACGGGUGUAGGUUUGCUAGGCUUUGUGUAUCACGCCCAGAAAGCCCGCCAGUGGGCAUAGGUUUGGUCAGGUUUGAUAGGCGUUGCAUACCACGCCCAGAAACCCGCCAGUGGACAUAACCCAAGUGCGCAAACCUUUAUUAUCCUGCCGUAUUGCUAAUUUCGGUCGCCCUUAUAAAGGUUCUUGGCUCCUGUUGAUAAGUGAUGCCUGGGCCUGGCAGUGCCGUGCGUGCUCAGCUAAACGGCAGCUUUGCUACUGCUUGGCACACCGACAAGGUUUUUGCAUGAAGCUUGGGAUUAAGAUUGGGUGUGCCCACGGCGUUGCAAGGGCGGCAAAGAUGGCAGGUGUCCGCAACGGCCUCAUUUCUUUGUCUUUCCGAAUUCUAGGUGGUAAUCCAGGCUAGAUGCAGACCAGUCAUUAUUCUGUAUGACAAUUUAUGUGAAGGAGUGGUGCAUAACGGGGGUGUGCGCCAAGGUCCAGACGACUUGUUUUGUUUUUUCCUGUUGAAGAGAGCGCUCCUGGGUUGAUAAGCAAACAUCCGAUAUUAUGGUGUCAGAUGUCUGUAAAAAUGUUGUGUCAA